AUGGGGCCCAUUUGUUUAGACCUGUGCGCCAAUCUGGGGACUUUGACCCCCAGCGGGCAGGUUCUCCACAAUCUCCGCGUGUGGGGCGGGCCUGGGCGGAGCCGGGCCGCGGAGGUAGCCUGGGAUCCAAGUGCGGUCUCUUCUGGAAGUCCCCUUCCCCCUGAGCAGCAGUCACUGCCCACGUCAGUUAACACCAUCGACCAGGCACUUUCUGCUGUCAUCCCAGCGCUCGCUCGGCAGAAUCCUGACUGGGGAGAAGCCCUGCGCCAGUCGCUGCUGCUCCUGGGGCUGGUGGCCGCCGUCGGCCUGGGCCUGAACCUCGUCCUCCUCGCGGCCUACCUGGUCUGUGCGUGCUGCUGCCGGCAGGAUGACGCGGCGCAGACCAAGCGCCCCCGCUCCUGCUGCAUCACCUGGACGGCCGUGGUGGCUGCGCUCAUCUGCUGCGCUGCGGUGGGCACGGGUUUCUAUGGAAACAGCGAGGCCAACGACGGGGUGUACCAGCUGCUCUACGCCCUGGACAACGCCAACCACACCUUCUCCGGGAUCGAUGUGCUGGUGUCAGGAACCACCCAGAAGAUGCAGGUGGACCUGGAGCAGCACCUCGCCCGGCUGGGUGAGAUCUUCGCCGCCCGGGGCGAUUACCUCCAGACGCUGAAGUUCUUGCAUCAGACGGCAGGCAGCAUCAUUGUCCAGAUGGCAGGGGUGCCCGCGUGGACGGGGGUCACUGAGCAGCUGACUGAACUGGCCAACCAGACAAGCUACGUGGAGUACUACAGGUGGCUGUCCUACCUCCUCCUCUUCACCCUGGACCUGGUCCUCUGCCUCCUCGCCUGCCUGGGUCUGGCCAAGCGCUCCAGGUGCCUCCUGGCCUCGAUGCUCUGCUGCGGGGUGCUGGCCCUGCUCCUCAGCUGGACCUCCCUGGCUGCUGACGCUGCCGUGGCCGUGGGCGCCAGUGACUUCUGCGCGGCUCCAGACACCUUCAUCCUGAACGUCACAGAGGGCCAAGUCCGCCCCGAGGUGACCCGGUACUACCUGUUCAAGCUGUGGGGGCUCCUGGGAGUACCUCACGCGGGGCUGCGGUCUCUCCCGGCACAGGCCCUGACCGUCUUCCAGCGCUCGCUGACCGCCAUGCAGAUCCAGGUAGCGGGACUCCUGCAGUUUGCCUCGCCCCGCUUCCCCACCGCAGAGAAAGAUCUGCUUGGAAUCCAGCUCCUGCUGAAUUCAUCCGAGUCCAGCCUCCACCAGCUGACCGCCUUGUUGGACUGCCGGGGGCUGCACAAGGACUACCUGGACGCCCUCGCCGGCGUCUGCUACGACGGCCUCGAGGGCCUGCUCUACCUCGGCCUCUUCUCCCUCCUGGCUGCGCUGGCCUUUUCCAUCAUGACCUGCCUGGGGCCGGGGGCGUGGAAGCACUGUGCCAGGAGGGACAGGGACUAUGACGACAUCGACGACGACGACCCCUUCAACCCCCAGGCCCGGCGCAUCGCCGCCCACAGCCCGUCUCGGGGGCAGCUUCGCAGCUUCUGCAGCUACAGCAGCGGCCUGGGCAGCCAGGGCAGCCUGCACCCCACCCAGACCGUCUCCAACGCCCCCGUCUCGGAGUACAUGAACCAAGCCGCGCUGUUUGGUGGGAGCCCACGCUACGAGAAUGUGCCGCUCAUCGGAAGAGGGUCCCCGCCGCCCACGUACUCGCCCAGCAUGCGGGCCACCUACCUGUCCGUGGCGGACGAACACCUGCGGCACUACGGGAACGAGUUUCCAGCCUAACACACUUUCGGAGUUCCUGCCUCCUUGCUCCGUUUUGGUUUUUAACUAAGGCAAAUGCAAGUGUGUUUCUUUAACAGAAACCAAAGGCAUAUAGAGACUGCAGGAUCAGAAGGCUCCGGCUGGCGCCAGGGAGCAACUGAAGAUUCGGGGAGAGUCAGCCUGGGGUUGGCUGACAUUCCCGGGCAGACAGAAGCCCCAUGAACUGGACCAUCCCUCUCCCUCCGCUGACUCCCUCUCCACACCGGAAACGUCCCCAGGUGCUUGGCCGUCCCUAAGCUAGGAGCCUGGUUCAGUUCACCCCUGAGUCCCCGCCUCGCCAGGUGGGGAAGGGCAGUGACAAGGGGCUGGAUCAGGCUUGAGGGUCCCCUUGCCAGGACUCUGCCUCCUGCAGGCACAACCGGAAACCCAGGUAGCCAUUCUCGGGGUCACCUCUCCUCCUGGCUGCUCAGAUGGGUACCAUUUACCCACAGGUAAAGGCAGAUGGGCUGAUCAGGAGAUGCUUUUUAAGGUGACAUCCCUGAUGAGACCAGACACUGUCCAACUCAGCCUUCCAGGGCCAGGUAGACUCUUCCUAGGCCACGGAGGGAAGGUCUUGGCAGGUUCUGCCUAUGAGGCCAGGAGCUCCAGGGCCUUGCAGCCUGGUGGGGUUCCAGGUAGCCGUGAUGGACCUCUCUUCUCUGCAACCUUCGGUCACCUCACCUCCAUUCCAGAAUCUCCACUGUGAGUUUGCUCAUGGCAGUAGGGGCGGUCUCAGGUAUUCACAGACACUUUGAAAAAGUGACUCUCUUUCUUGCCAGUGUUCUAAAGAUUCUUGAUUGUCCAAAGAAUUGAAACUCACCCCACAAGCCAGUUUUUACAGCAGAUGUGGGGCUGAUCCUUCCCACCUGAUUUGUCAACCAAAACAGAGGUCAGUGAGACACCCUGUCCCCAGAUGCUGGUUGGUGGGGAUGUGUGUUCAUCCCACCUGGACGGACGCAUCUUGAGAGAAUAAAGUCUCUAGGAGGGAAGUCUGAACGUGAACAGAGUCUGGUCCCGGAGACCAGCUGCACGGCCACAUAAACUCUCCCUGCUUCUGUCUCCAAGUUGGUCCUAAAGCUUUUAGCAAAGUGAUGUCCUGAUGUACAGACGGGCAUCUUCCCUACCUCUUCCUCCAUCCUGUCCCUGCCCCUGACCAGUACCUGCUGGGUGAGGAGGAGCCUGGGGACCAGGAGGAAGUAAUGACCCACCACCCUCUCCGCUGAGGAGCCAGCAUUAGCAUCUUUGGUGCUUCCAACCUCCUGCCCGGCCAGAGUGCACGGCCCGGGAGUCCCACAGCCUCCCACACCGAAGCAGGGGCGUGGGGUAGCAUGGCUGUGAACCGGGGCACCGCUUCUGGCCAGAACAGAACAGCAGAGUGGUUCUCAGGCUCCAGCCAAGCCUCCCCAACCGCGGGACCACUGGGCCGCCAGGACUGUCUCCCCCAUCCCCCUGUACAUACAUGGACCAUGACCGCACCCUGGUGAGGCCGUGUCGCGUGCAGACAGGACUCUGCUGCGUCGAGGUGGUGCUUCUUAACGUUCCUCGUUGGCCACUAGAGUUGUUUUUAAUGCAUGUAAACUAAACUAGAAUCCCCUGCGUGGUUCCUGGAGGAGCCAGGUGGGCACACCUCUGCUUAAUACAGGUGCGCCCUCACCUGGGGAAGAAAUAAACCACUGGUACUAAAAUGCA